AUGGACAUGGACACCCAGACACCCAUCAUCAAGCUGUGCAAGCCGCUCAAGUGUAAAGUCUGUGGGAAGUUACUGAGAUGCCGUCGUAGUUUGACCGAACAUAGUCGGACGCACACUGGUGAAAAGCUUUCCAAUUGUGAAAUCUAUGGGAAGGCGUUUAGUCGACAUGACAAUCUCGCUAACCACCUCCGGACUCACACAGGUGAAAAACCGUUUAGUUGUGAGGUCUGUGGGAAAACGUUCAGUCAUCAUGGGAGCCUUACUCGCCACCUCCAAAGUCACACAGGUGAAACACCAUUUAGUUGCGAGGUCUGUGGGAAAGCGUUCAGUUUCCAUUGGAGCUUUACUCGCCACCUUCGGACUCACACAGGCGAAAAACCGUUUAGCUGUGAGGUCUGUGGGAAAGUGUUCAGUCAACAUGGGAACCUUACUCGCCACCUCCGAAGUCACACAGGUGAAGCAGCAUUUAGUUGCGAGGUCUGUGGGAAAGUGUUCAAUCAACAUUGGAACCUUACUUAUCACUUCCGGGCUCACACAGGUGAAAAACCGUUCAGUUGUCAGGUCUUCGGUAAAGAGUUCAUUCAACAAUGGAGCCUUAGUCGCCACCUCCGGACUCACACAGGUGAAAAACCGUUCGGUUGUGAGGUCUGUGGGAAAGCCUUCAGUCAACAUCAUAGCCUUACUCGCCACCUCCGGACUCACACAGAUGAAAAGCCGCUCAGCUGUGAAUUCUGUGGGAAGGCGUUCAUUCAACAUCGGGGCCUUGCUCGCCACCUCCGGUCUCACACAGGUGAAAAGCCGUUUAGUUGUGAGAUCUGUGGGAAGGCGUUUAGUCAACAUGGACACCUUGCUCACCACUUCCGUACUCACACAGGUGAAAAACCAUUCAGGUGCGAGGUCUGUGGGAAGACGUUCAGUCUAAAUGGAGCUCUUAAUAAGCACCUCCGUACUCACACAGGUGAGACGCCGUUCAAUUGUGAAGUCUGUGACAAGUCGUUUAAUCAGAUAGGGACCCUAACAAAGCAUCUUCGGACACACACCGGUGAGAAACCGUUUAGUUGUCCUGUCUGUGGGAAGGCCUUCAGUACCAAUUGGAACCUUACGGUGCACAUUCGGAGACAUACCAGUAAGAAACCAUUCAGUUGUGGAAUUUGUGGGAAAGCGUUCCAUAGAAGGCAGAGCCUUACAGUGCACGCAAACGCUGCAACUCUCGAGACCACGACAGAGGGAUCAACGCGGUUCGCGGACGUUGAACCGGAGCCCGACGCGCAGUCCCCCAUCUACGAGCACGAAGCUGUCCAAUUGGAAUUCUGUGGGAAGUCGUUCAGUCAUAGAAGCCUUACUUACCGCCUCUGGACUCACACCGGUGAAAAACCGUUCAGGUGUGACGUCUGUGGUAAGGUGUUCAGUCCACACUGCAACCAUACUUUCCACCUCCAGACUCACACAGGUGAAAAACCGCUCAGUUGUGAGAUCUGUGAAGGAUUUCUCUUUGAAUCACCUUGA